UGCGCCGGAAGAUGGCGGGGGUGAUGCGCGCGCACCGACAGCGCCAGCUACACUCCGUUCGGUUGAGCAAGCGUGGCUAAUCAAAGCACCAAAAGAAAAAUGAGCAGCUCCGAGGAGGUGUCCUGGAUCUCGUGGUUCUGCGGUUUACGCGGGAACGAGUUCUUUUGCGAGGUGGAUGAGGACUAUAUCCAAGAUAAAUUCAAUUUAACGGGACUGAAUGAACAAGUACCACAUUAUCGUCAGGCAUUAGACAUGAUUCUUGAUCUUGAACCUGAUGAUGAUCUGGACGACAAUCCAAAUCAGUCAGACUUGAUCGAGCAAGCUGCAGAGAUGCUCUAUGGUCUCAUACACGCACGUUACAUACUUACCAAUCGUGGCAUCGCUCAGAUGAUCGAGAAAUACCAAGCGGGCGAUUUCGGUCAUUGCCCGCGAGUUUACUGCGAAUCCCAGCCGAUGUUGCCGUUAGGACUCAGUGACGUCCCUGGUGAGGCAAUGGUCAAAAGCUACUGUCCUAAAUGCAUGGACGUUUAUACACCGAAGAGCUCGAGACAUCAUCACACUGACGGGGCGUAUUUCGGGACGGGAUUCCCACAUAUGUUGUUUAUGGUCCAUCCUGAAUAUAGACCAAAACGUGCGGCAAAUCAAUUUGUACCUAGAUUAUACGGCUUUAAAAUUCAUCCUGUAGCAUAUCAGAUCCAGCAACAGUCUGCGUCCACGUUCAAAGCACCAUUACGGGCUCUCAACUAUAAUAACGGAAAGCGUUAAAAUUAUCUUCGGAGUAGCCUAGAAUACUUCCUUUCAUUACUCACAAUUCCUUAUUUCGUCCUUAAAGAUUUAAAUAAAAUAUUUUUUAUAUCUCUGUUUCCUCAAUACGUUGCCGCGCGAGAGAGACACGUUCUUCGAAGCUGCUCAUUACAGCUCUUUUGAUUCGUUCAUUGUCGCUCUUGAAUUCGUAUCUGACAUUGUACGAAGAGAAGAGAAAAAAAAGAGGAAAAGAGAGGGAGAGCGUUUAGUUUCGUCGUGUGAUUCAUUGUCAUGUUAAUUUAAGCUGUAGCAACAGUCGUUUUCGUGAAGAACCAAUAUGUUUGUAUAGAAACUUGAGCAUUAUUCAUUAAAAGAUAGAGGGAAGGAGAAGGAAAACACGCUUAGAAUAAUUAUUAGAUCAUAAAUAAGAAAAGAGAUGAUUAUAAAUAGAACGUAUACCCGUUUUUGUACGAAUCGCUUGUGUCAUCAUAUUUGCUGCCAAGUAGUUCCUAAACAUAUGCAGGAGCAAGACUUCCUAAGAAAGUCGAAGAAGCGAAUAGUACCGGGUUCACAUUGGUUCUUUUCAAGAUGAGGAAUGAUGUAUAAAGGAGGAGCAUAGCUGUUAAGUGUAACUUAAUUUAGUCGCCGAGUAAUUUGUGCGCGAACUGUGACAGAAACGAUUUAUUAACAUAAUUGCGUAGGUAAUGGGUAUAAUUUACUCUUUAACAAAAACUCAAGUAUGAGACAAUAUUUCAGAAGAAAAGGACGAAUUUCAGAAACAAAGCCUGUGCAUUUCCCAAAAAAUUGCGAGAGAGAGAGAGAGAGAGAGAGAGAGAGAGGGAAGAGGAUUAAACCGACAGCCUUCGGUUUUUAUCACAGUUUCCAAGACAUUUUUAUGGACACCUAGCAUCGAUGGAAGUCGACAAUUCUGCGAUUAGAAGAUAAAAUUCUGUGUACAAUUUUUAACAUUCAGCAGCAGCAAAACUAACAUUCUCCUCAUUUUGUAUUCAGUACAAUCUGUUUGUGAAAUGACGAAGUUUGGAGUCGAAUAGAUUACAUAUUUCUAAAUCAUUUGGCAUUAAGGAAAACUGUUGUAUUAUAUUUCUACCUUAAAUUAAAAUAUGACUUAUUUA